AUGGGGAAUCACCUUGGUUGGAAAACUAAUGCCACCACCACGGAACUAGACACCACCACCACCUCUAGGAUCACCAUAAUCCGCCCACCCUUCCCCCCACGCUGCAUCCUGCUCCCCGUGUGCCUGGCCACCAGUCCCCGGGUCUGCGGCCGUUUGCCCAACGGUGACUGCCAACGAUUCGGCAACAUCUGCCAGCUCCUGUUGGCCAACCGUCGCGGCAUCUCGGCCGGAGUGGUCCACACCAAGGAUCUGGAGUGUCGGGGCAUUCGGGGUGUGGGUGCCUCGAAUCGUCGGCCCUGCUUCUAUCCCUGCCCAGCACGUCCUGUCAUCUGCCGGAGAACGCCGCCCGAACAGGAGAUCUGUGUCCGUUCGCGAAAUGGCCAGAGCUGCAAGGUCUUGGCCAACAGGUGUCAGUUGAACAACCAGAACUGUCACUCCAGACCACGGAAUAAUUGGCGGCGUACGGAUAGGAGACUCUGCGGUACCAGGCAGGUGGGCGAUAAGCCUGAUGUCUGUCUUCCCAUUAUUAUUUUUCCAACAUCGACUACCAGGAAACCUGUCUUAGUUUAA